ACACUCCCCCAUCAAAUCACCACCAACAAAACAUUUCAUUUCCCUCUAAAAAAACUAAUUCUCAUUUUCAAUUUCUCAAAAAAAUUCAAAAAUGGAAGCAGGUGGUGUGAAAAAGGGCGCAGCAGGAAGAAAGGCCGGUGGUCCAAAGAAGAAACCGGUUUCCAGGUCCGUGAAAGCCGGUCUUCAGUUUCCCGUCGGUAGACUUGGUCGGUACCUCAAAAAUGGUCGGUAUGCUAAACGUGUCGGUACCGGAGCUCCGAUUUACCUCGCCGCCGUUCUUGAGUACCUUGCUGCUGAGGUAUUGGAGUUGGCUGGGAAUGCGGCACGAGACAACAAGAAGAACAGGAUAAUACCAAGGCAUGUGCUAUUGGCGAUAAGGAAUGAUGAUGAGCUUGGGAAGUUACUAUCAGGCGUGACGAUUGCACAUGGUGGUGUGUUGCCCAACAUUAACCCGGUUCUUUUGCCGAAGAAGGCGCAUGACAAGGCAGCAAAGGAACACUCAAAGUCUCCAUCAAAGGCCACAAAAUCACCCAAAAAAGCUUAGUCACUGACUACUGUUGAAUGUAAUUAGAACUAGAGUUUGAAUGUGUUUUUCUUAGGUGAAGCUACUUUUUAGGGCUAUUGUAGUUCUAUAUAGUCUCUGUAUUUGAAAUACAAGCUCUGAUGGUUUUAGAUGUGUGAAAGAAGAUGAACAAGUCUUUUAAUUAAAUUGGAAUAUUCAGAAA